CGUGUGUAGUGACGUCACUCGCGAAGUGUCACUCGGCGUCAGCAUUCUGCGUCGGCUCUGUGAAACUCUCUGUGUCUCUGGACGCGUCUUUAAUAAUUUCAAAUACUUUGGAAUUAUUCGCGGUCCGUUGUUUCGGAUAAGUUUUUUACAAGAACGACGCAAGUUACGGCCGUCAUGGAGAGCUACGACGUGAAGCUGUACGUCUACGACCUGUCCCGCGGCAUGGCCCGGCAGAUGAGCCUGCCGCUACUGGGGAAACAGCUGGAGGGGAUUUGGCACACGGCUGUGGUGGUGUUUGGACAGGAGUAUUUCUACGGCGGAGGAGGCAUUGAGUGCUGCCAGCCGGGAGGAACGGUGCUCGGAUCCCCGGACUCGGUGGAGGAGCUGGGACAGACGCAGGUGACGGAAGACAUCUUCCUGGAGUACCUGUCGGGGCUCGGCGAGGACGCGUUCAACGGUGAGCGCUACCACCUCUUCAAGCACAACUGCAACACGUUCAGCAACGAGGUGGCACAGUUCCUCACCGGCCGCCCCAUCCCGGCGCACAUCACGGAGCUCCCCGACGAGGUGCUAGCCACCCCAUUUGGACAGAUGAUUCUGCCGCUGCUGGAGGGGAUGCAGGUGUCGGCGGCCGGGGGUCGACCUGUGGGGACACGUGGCUCCAGCAAUCUGCAGUGACAUCAUCAGCGUCGUCGUCGUUGUCGUCUUCAUCGUUGUCGUCAUCAUCAUUGUGAUCCGGUUAUUACUACGCAUGUAGCCAUUCAUCGACCCGUUAAUUGGAAUCGGUUCUUACGCCCACGACGCACUCGUGCGCAGGAGAAUCGAUUGCCGACAACUUAUGCAAAUUGUUAUAGAAAUUGUAGGAAAUUUUUGUCCCGCGCUAACGGAACGGACGUGACGCAGCGUCGGAUGCAGACAGGAUAGACGAGCCUCCGAAAGAAACGGGGGAAGUUCCGUCAUCUCUGCUGUGUGGACCAGAGGUCGGCGUGGAGCAUGGGUCUCGGAGGUAGCUCUGUGAUGGCCGCUUCCACGGGGCGUUUUCUAACACGGAAGGUUGCACCACUCUGGGAGAAAUUCCAAUGGAUUCUCUGUCUCGUGACACGAUGACGAAUGUGCAUUCGGGAUAAGAUUUUGGAGGGGAAAAACGACCGCAGCAAAAUUAGACGGGACAGAUCGUACAUUCAAGCAGGGAGUCAUUUCGGCUGCGCUUGUCCCAAGUCGGCGGUCCGGAAAAUAUUGAAUUCGCCCGGCACACCGCAUCCGGUCGACAUGUCACUAUGGCCGUGGCGACUGCUAGUCACGUGAUGCCCACACCAGUCGAGCAGCGACUUGGAAAAACAUAUUUGGCGACAGGUUAAGAAGCCGUGCGCGCAGGACAAAUGGCACGGACAGGACGGACGAGACAGACAUCGCGAAAAUGACGGGCGAUAGAAACGAGCAGGAGGAUAAGUUGAUAGUUUAAUCGAUCCGUGACCUUGAAUUGAGAUCAUGAAUCGCGAAGGAGGGGUGUGGGAGGGAAUACAUGCCUAGUCAUGAGGAUCACAGUCGGCAACGUCAUCGUCAUCGUUAGUGGUUGUAGCUCACAGGACCUUCAUUUCCAUCCUGACGUCGACAGGUUUUUAAAUGUUUAUAAUUGGUUAAUAUAUACUGUAACAUACGCACACGAUAACGAGACAAAACUCCAGUCCUUGCAGUCCGCCCUGAGCCUCGCUUAGGUUGACUCAGCACUGGGGAGACAAAGGCGGCCGGGCGUGGUGCUGGCAACGCCCCCCCCCCUUCCCCCCCCCCACCCAACUCACGUGCCAUGCCGACCUAAAUAGUUACUCGCUCAGAGCACUUGCCCCAACAGCUCUUGUAAUCUACACGGGGGACCUUUGUCUUUUCGUGUGUAUAUACGUGUGCAGCCCACGUAAUGUGGAGAGUGCCGUUUCACGUGCAGACAAAGCUCUGGUGGUGUGUGAGGUGGGGGUGGGGGCGUUGGCUGGAGCCCGUGCUGGUCCGCAAGUACUGGAGUGUGGAAUCUCUGCUUCCGAGCGACCGUAGGGCUUUGAACCCGUUGGUGGUAUUUAACGAUGCGUGCGUCUUGCAAUAAGAGAAUGAAACGUGUUCCUCGGGUCCCCUUUGCCGUUGCACGCACGCACGCACGCCGAGUAUCGUGAAGGAAGACCGUCCGUGUGCAUAGAUUCUUCCAAUAUUUAUCCCAACGCGCACACGCGCACGCGCGUCUCCUUUGCGAGUGGUUCAGUUGGGCGAGAACGACGCUGCCGCUUACGCGCCGACCAGCGGCACGGAAGCGGCAGCGCGGCCGUCACCCCCCCCCCCCCCCGUCGUUUCGUCGCCCAACCUUCUGGCAGCUUUCUUAGCAUCCUGAAGAGGCCUCUUCAGCAAAACGUCGGACUUUAUGGCGGCACAUCAUGAAAACCCCGGAGAAGCCUCCGCCCCCGGUCUCCAGCAGCUGGAAUUAUUCCCGUCCGUGGCCGGGCUGCGCUGCGUGUGCGUGUCAAGGCACAGGUGCCCGAGAGAUAUUAUUUAGAUUUAUUUUAUACUUUUGUCAACCUAAUAGGAGUUUUUUUUGUUAACGUUAAGUUUAAACGUCCUCGCUACAUAUUAUAUGCAUAUAUAAAAACGUAACAUUGUAUUGAAAUGUGGUUAUUCUACAAAAGGAGUAUGCGCAGCUAGGCCGCUCGCCCGAAACGUCGAGCGGCGACUUUAUACGUUUUCCCCGCUUACCGUUGCCGAUUUUCCCCGUUGUACAAAUCCCGUGGAACCCGUCCCGUGGGAUGGCCGCCGCAGCUUUUGCGGCGCACGCGCGGGUUCCAACACCGGAGCGCCACGCCCAGGCACUGCGCGCCUCUUGUGUGCACGGUGCGUCGAACUUCUUCCGCACCGUACGCAGCCAACCGCGCUCAUCGGAGGUGCGGAGGGGGGGGGGUGGGGGAAGGACGACAAACUAAAGACAAAGAGCAGUUGCAAAGAGAAAUGAGUUUUCAAUCUAGGUUAUUUAGAAGUGCAGGGCAUCCCAAUAUCGGAAGAGCGUUCCAGACGGCGGCAGAAGCGCCUCUGAAAGCGCGCGAUGCGGCAUGCCGUCUUUGUUCGAUGACUGUGCCGGUGUUAUCCCCCUCCCCCUCGUGGUGCGUGGGGUUUCUCUGGGUCCUCUGGUGUCCUCCCAUGUUCAGGAUAAUUCCGAAGGAAACCGUCCAAACGUGCACAGAACACAGAAUAAUGCCUCUGUAAAUAAAGGGGCUCACAAUAAUAACAAUUCAUGCAAAGCAACGAUUAGGGCCGCAAGUUCAAAUCCUGGUCAAGGCGCGACUCGGCUUCUCAUCCCUUCCUCCUAUGGUUAUUCUGGUCCCCGGCAUAGUAAUGUGGAAUUUCCACCUAGAAUGAUGGGCCCACGCUCGUGUGAGCACAUGGACGAACGUUGCCAUAUUAAACGCGAGUGUGUAUUCGUGUUCUUCAUUGCAAGGCCAUGGCGGGCCACUGACACGCGGCCCCCUGACAAUACACAAACGGCGAGAACACCCCCCAUCAUCGUGCUGUUGUCCAACCCCCAAUGGUUUCAGAUGGUGUGGCGGCCCUCGCACUGAUGAUGUCUCAUCGGCGAAAGCGGGCCCACUCCACUGAAAAUGAGUUUAGCACAUGUUCGUUUGCCGGACGCGACCCGAGACUUCCAUUUCACACGACCACCGCGGCCACUUGAGGCCAACCCCUUCCAAACCAGCACCCGCAAAUGACAUUCACCCACCGUCGCGAGCAUCUCCGCCGCGCUCAUCGGGCACUGGGGGUAAGGAGCAUUUUCAACAUGACAACGCUCGCGUUUCUAAUGGUGUAAGUUCGCCGAGUCGCUUGUCAAGAGCCUCUUGUACUUGGUCAACACGUACAAAAUGUGUUAUUAUAUGGUAGAGCCAAGCUGUAUGUUCAUUUAUCAUUGCCCGCCAAAGGUAAUUUGAAAGUCCAGUUUAUCCCUCGGCAAGGAAAAAGGCCUCCCUUGCCCCAUGCCUUAUGGGUUUCUGCUGCUGCUGCUGCUGUUCCCGUUGUAGCUGUGACAUUUCUCUAAUAAACUUGUCGUAAAGAUGUACGGUGGUGACGAGCGAAA